CCGCCCCGCCCCUCGCGCCUGUGACGAGAGCGGCGCGCGCCGCGGUGGCGGGAGUUGGCGCGAAGCUUGGCGGGGUUCCGGGGUACGGGGGGGGCGGCGGCGGCGGCCAUGGAGGCGGAGGCGUCCCGCUGAGGAGGCAGCGCGCCGCCAGCAGCAUGGAUAUCCGGAAAUUCUUUGGCGUUGUACCCCCCGGGAAGCGACAAGAAUGCGAGAAUGUGAAAAAGAGUGACAAAAUAAAAAAUGGGGAAGGAGACUCGAGUGGGAAAAAGAGGGGAAAAGAGACUAAGGUGAAGAAUUCACCCAGUGAAGAUGUUCCCAAACAAAAGCAGACAAACAAGAAAAAAAGAAUAAUCUAUGAUUCAGAUUCAGAAGAGGAGGUGCAGUCAGUGAAAAAGUCCAAGAAGCCAUCAGAGAAAAAAGCAGCCACUUCAAAACUUGAUGAUGAUGAUGACUUUGUCAAUAAGAGAAUUUCCCUGAAACCAAAGGAGAAUGGGGCAUCAGCCAUCAGUUGCCCAGGAUCAACAACGGUGAAAAAGGAAGAUGUAAAACCACGAGCUAAACCCAAGCCAUUAUCUCCAGUGAAGCUGACGCCCACCUCAGCUCUCGAUUACUUUGGGACAAGUAGUGUCCAGCGAUCAGAAAAGAAACUGGUAGCAAGUAAAAGGAAGGAACCCUCACAAAGCAGGGACAGCACAGUGGACGAUGAAGCCAUUGCUAGGCAACUGCAGCUUGAAGAAGAUUCAGAGCUGGAGAGACAGUUGCAUGAAGAUGAAGAAUUUGCUAAGACUUUGGCCAUGUUGGAUGAAACACCACAGAAGAAGAAGGCUCGGAGGGAUUCAGAAGAGCAGACAGUACUGAGCAUCAAGAGCAGUCCUAACGUGACAGAGGGAUACAAGCAAUCUCAGAGAGUGAAAGCAACAAACUCUGCAGGUGAAGCAAAACAAACUAAAUCUGAAAACUCAAAAGGGUCCCAUUUACCCCCACAAUCAACUGAUAGUAAACUAGCAGAAAAGUCAACUGAUAAGACCUUGCCUUUGAAGCCUACCUCUAAGCUUGUGGCUCUGAAACGAAAAGAAGAGAUUGCUGAAAAGGAAAGAGGUACUCAAAGUUCAGUAUCAAAAGAAAAACCUCAGGGAAAAGAAGAGAAGAAAACACCAAAGAAAGAGAAAAUUUCUCCGAAGAAGGCUGAGUCUGUAAGUCCUGAGGACUCUGAAAAGAAGCGAAACAAUUAUCAAGCCUACCGAAGCUUCCUUAAUCGCGAGGGUCCAAAAGCUCUGGGUUCCAAAGAGAUACCUCAAGGAGCUGAAAACUGCUUGGAAGGCCUGACAUUCGUAAUUACAGGAGUUCUGGAGUCUAUUGAAAGAGAUGAGGCCAAAUCUCUGAUUGAACGUUAUGGAGGAAAAGUAACUGGGAAUGUCAGCAAGAAGACAAACUACCUGGUUAUGGGACGAGACUGUGGCCAAUCUAAAUGUGAAAAGGCAUCUGCUUUAGGGACAAAAAUUAUUGAUGAAGAUGGCCUAUUUGACCUUGUUCGAACUAUGCCAGGCAAGAAGUCCAAAUACGAGCUGGCAGCUGAAUCAGAGGCAAAGAAAACAGAGUCGAGACAUAAAAAGACACCACAGAAAACUGAAGCUAGCAGAAAGAGUUUUAGCCCCCUCAAAAGGGAAGCUGAUAUUAAAAAAAGAAAUUCUACUCCUGAGAAGGGAGUUACCUUCAAAUCUGUUAAGAAAGAAACUGCUGCCGUUCGAAAGCUUACAGACUUUAAACAGCAAGCAGUGGAGAAGAAAGAAGUCACAGAACCUAAGGGGAACUUGGUCUCUGAGAGUAAUGAAAAUGGAACAGAGAGAUUGCUAUGGGUGGAUAAAUACAAGCCCACAUCUCUCAAGGCAAUCAUUGGACAGCAGGGUGAGCAAAGCUGUGCCAACAAACUUCUCCGAUGGCUCCGAAACUGGCACAAGAAUACCUCAGAAGAUGGACAAGCAAAGGCCAGCAAACUUGGAGGCAAAGAUGAUGGUAUUAGCUCUAAAGCAGCAUUACUUUCUGGUCCACCUGGAGUUGGUAAAACCACUACAGCUGCUUUAGUUUGUAAGGAACUGGGGUAUAGCUACGUGGAGCUGAAUGCCAGUGACACUCGGAGUAAGAACAGUCUAAAGGAAGUAGUUGCUGAAUCGCUUAACAACACCAGCAUCAAAGACUUCUGUUCUGGCACAUCCUCAUCAGUUAGCGGGAAACAUGUAUUGAUCAUGGAUGAAGUGGAUGGUAUGGCAGGCAAUGAAGACAGAGGAGGGAUUCAGGAGUUGAUCGGUUUGAUUAAACACACAAAAAUACCCAUCAUCUGUAUGUGUAAUGAUCGAAACCAUCCUAAAAUUCGUUCCUUGGUCCACUACUGUUUUGAUCUUCGUUUUCAGAGACCUCGUCUAGAGCAGAUUAAGGGUGCCAUGAUGUCUAUUGCGUUUAAAGAAGGCUUAAAAAUUCCACCACCUGCUAUGCAUGAGAUAAUCCUGGCAGCAAAUCAAGACAUCAGACAGGUUUUACAUAAUCUUAAUAUGUGGUGUGCAAAAGAUAAAUCAUUGACUUAUGAUGAAGCCAAAACAGAUGCCAGCAGAGCUAAGAAGGAUAUCAAACUGGGCCCUUUUGACGUUGUCCGGAAGGUUUUUGCUGCUGGAGAGGAGGCUUCCCGUAUGUCUCUCAUAGACAAAUCCGACCUUUUCUUCCAUGACUAUUCCCUAGCACCUCUUUUUGUCCAAGAGAACUAUGUACAUGUGAAACCAGCAGCUGCUGGGGGAGAUCUGAAAAAGCACUUGAUGCUCUUGAGUAGAGCAGCUGAUAGUAUAUGUGACGGUGAUCUAGUGGACAGACAGAUUCGUAGCAAGCAAAACUGGAACCUUCUACCAACACAGGCUAUUUAUUCGAGUGUUCUCCCCGGGGAGCUGAUGAGAGGUUACAUGUCCCAGUUUCCUGUCUUUCCCAGCUGGCUGGGGAAAUUUUCAUCAACAGGCAAACAUGAACGUAUCGUCCAAGAACUGGCAAUGCACAUGAGUCUCAGAACCCAGAUGUGCAAGAGGACAGUAAACAUGGAGUACCUGUCUUAUCUGCGGGAUGCACUUGUCCAACCUUUGAAAGAUUUUGGAGCAGAUGGUGUACAACAAGCUAUAACCUUCAUGGACUCUUACUGCCUGAUGAAAGAAGAUGUUGAAAAUAUCAUGGAAAUAAGCAUGUGGGGAGGCAAACCCAGUCCUUUUUCAAAGCUAGAUUCCAAGGUCAAAGCCGCUUUUACGCGUGCCUACAACAAAGAGGCACAUCUGACUCCGUAUUCCCUGAAUUCUGUGAAGACAUCUAAAAGGCAGUCAGCAUCCAUGGCAACCUCUGAACUGAGUGAGGACCUGAAUGUGGAUGAGACCCAGUCUGAUGAGGAUGAGCAAGACAGCGUUGAAAGCGAUGCAAUGAUUAAGCAAAAGAAGGCGAAGUCUUCCAAGCUGCCAAAAAGAGAGAAAAACGAUGAACCAACAAAAAAAGAAGGGAAAAGGAAGGAGAAAACAAGACAUUAAACACAGUCUUGCUCUGGAUGUGGCUUUGCUUAUUUAACUUCUGUCAGGAACAUGAAUGCUCCACUGAUGUAGCUGGGAAGGUAGAACCAGCGCGUUGAAAAUGCUCCUCUUAUAGAGGUGAUGUAGCUACUUAUUCUCACACUAUGCAGUGCUGUACUUACUCUUAACGUGCUACGUUACAAGCUAUAAAUAUUCCUGUAAAAGAAGCACCAGGGUGCCUGAACGUGAUACAAAUGUGAUGCUUAGUUACCUGGUGGUUUUGCUACGUCUUCGUAGGACUUCCAUUUUUUUUUAUAAAUCCCCUGUUAUUAUGUGGUGAAAUCUUGUAAAUAGUACAUGAUGCAAAAAAUCUGAUUUGCAUAUUUGUACAUUAUAGGAAUUAAGCAGUAUAUAAGAUUACAAUAAAAGGUGUUUCACGCAAGUUUUUUUAAAAUUUUGCUUAAGUUCCUGGAAUGUUUGUCUCUUUCCUUUCCUUUUGAGGUUCUGGCUUCUCUACAUAUGUCAGGAUGUGGUUGUUUUUUUUUUCCUUAGCUUUACUUUUGCUCACUUAAAGACGCAGAAAAGCAGUGAGGGAUUUAAGCACUGCCUCUUCAAAGUUUGGAACUAAAUGUUGUAUCUUUAAUCAAAGCUAGAACAGAAUAACUAACUACUAAGACCUGUUUAAUAGACACCGUUAAAUAGAAAUUAGUGAUUAAAAACUCACUUGAUGUUGGAUAAGAGAAUACUUAAGUCUUCUGCCACCCCCCCUCACCCUUGCCUUUGGUGCAGACAAAAUUUAAGUUUUGCUUGGUAAGAUUUUAAUUUAAUCAAUGGUGUUUAUUACUAUAAUAAAUCAAAGUACAAAAUUUAUCAAAAGCUAAAUAUUUACAGAUUAUCACAAAAUAGAAGUGAUAUGGUUGUUAAAUCCCAGUGGAGAAAGCAUGUGAUGCAGUGAUAGAGUUCCUUGCAGCUUGCUGAGCAAGACAGGCUGUUCUGAAAACAAACGAACAGUUAGUCAGACCCCACAGUGAAGACUCUGAUAGCACACUGUGGUCUUCUUUGAACAAAUAAUAUAAAAAUAAGGUCAGUAUUGUGAAUUUAAAUAUAUAUACAUGCACCAUAGCACUUCCCAUUACUUAGCUAUAAAGACAAAGUUUGCAUAUAUGGUAUCUGCACUAAUACAUCAGCCUUCAACUGUUAAGUUAAAUGAGGAACUUUGUUCAUGCAUCUUCAGUUACCAGUUCAACAAAACCAAACUGCUGGAUCAAUCCAGGUGUGAGGUACAGACAAAGCCUUGGUCUCAUUCUUUGAAUUAAGCAUGUCAAGUCAAUACUACACUGCUGUUAUCCUGUGAUAGCUUCCGUGUUAAGUAUGUUUGGAACUUACUGUGCAGCUCGUUUCUCUAUUAUGGAAACCUACAGCAUAAGGUCACGUAACCUGCAUUUCAGUUCUGUUCCUUCUAGUUAGGAGCUCUUCCCUGCUCCCAUCCUCCUAAAAUCUGAUGGCUGAUCAGUAGAAGGAUUUGCUGAGAUCUCCAAAUUGCUCCCUGUGCCACUAAAACACAGCUGGGGUCCAGGAACACAUCAAACCGGACUGCUGCAGAUGGUAAACUGGUUCCAAAGCCUCACGGGGGAAUGAUGUAGCAGCUAGGUUACUUGCAGUCCCAAAAACUACCAGGCUGUGUGCACUUGAGUGCAAAUAUGUGAUAAAUCUGUACCUGAGUGAUCUGAGGGAUAGAUAGGCUUUAAGUUAAAUUCUUGGAACCCCGAACUUUCCUUGCUGGGAGAGACUUCAAAUAUCUUCUAGAAUAAGCCCCAUUAAACAAAAACAAGCAAGUAAAAGAACCCAAACACAAUACACCAUGAACACAGUCUCUUGUACAUACCUGAACUUACUGGUCCGUGUCUUGUUUGAGGUACUGUGUGCAGUCACUGAUUUUCUUAAGAUGAACAAUGUUAAUUCUUUCAGAACACAUUGGACAUAUAUUUUCACUCUGUAACAUGCUGUUUUAAAAGAAGGGUGACAGAUCAAAUGGUAGGUCUAACACUAGAGAACCUGUAACCUUCAGUAUGUAAAAAUAAAGGCUAGAGCAAUGCGUGCUUUUGUCUAGGUGGAGAAAAGUAUUUUGUUUUUGAACAUUUGAGGAAGGUUGCUGUUUACAGGGGCAUGAGGAAAAUGUGGCCAUUAAGAGCACAAAGAAAGUAUUGGGGCUAGAACGUAGUUUCUGGAGAAGCAGCUACUGACUGCAGAACAAGCUACCCAAGCCCAUUCCCACACAGGUGGGUGUUAGGAACCAGUGGUGGGAGCAGUGUUAGCAUGUGCAGAUUCUUGUUUUCGUGGCUGCUGCUGUGCCUGGUUCACUUGAAAGUAAUGUUCUGGCAGUAUGUUUGAUGAAAUGCUCAGGUAAGGGUUUUUUCCCACCCUCAGAGGCUUACUUGUUUUUAAUUACCAAAGGAAACUCUGCUGCUAAACUAUGAACAAACUAAGCUUGGAAUCCACCAACAGAAAAAAUGAAAUAAGAAAUCCCAACUUACUUCUUGAAUUCUGAAUAGAGGGCAGGGAAGUCACAGUGGGGGCAGACUGUCCAGUCAUCUUGUACCAUGUGCCGGCCCUGCACACAAAGGCAACAAGUUAUUAAAGGGUGUGUACUGUCCUAGCAGGCUGGGGGCUGAGGUGUUGAUCUAUUACUGCAAGAAAGCAACAGCAUCCUAAAGGUCUUGAACAAUUUAAAAACACCACCACCAUAAUGCUGUUAUUCUGUGACUAGAAAAAGAGCUCUGAAGGAGAAAGCUUUUUCAUUACUAUUUGUAAUUUUUUUUUUUCAAAAAAAAGUACUAAAUUACCACUUUAAAAUUAUUUUAGUUUGGCAAUUUUGUAAUGCUAUUUGCAAAUCUGUGUGGAGAGGGCUGUUUAUACAUUUACUGAGGGUUGUUUUUUUUUUUCUUGGUGUUACAUGACAUUCAAAAAAUGUCCCCAAGCCCCAUCACCUGAGCCUGAGGGGUGCAUUUGACCUGAAGCAGGGAUUAUUUCCUUUUUUUGGUAUGGUUUCCAAUUUGCUCUUGAUGCAGAGAACUCUUAUAUAGGUUGGUCAACAUUAUAACAUGCAACAGUGCCUUGAACUGUAUUCAGCAAUUUAUGCUCUGAUACAAUAUGUGACAGUAAACUCUGAUGCUUUCAAAAGAUACUAGAAAAUUCUGCAGUCAUCAUGAUGCUACAAGUAGCUGUGAUGUAAUUGAGCUAUAGCUAGGAGACAGCCUAAUUACGUGAAAUGUACAUGAACGGGUACUUUGGUUUUUGGCUUACAAAGAUGUAUUUAAAAACUUUUUUUUCCCUUAAGAUAGUAUUUCUGAAAUAUUCUGCUAAUCCAAUAGUUUUAAAAAAAGCUAUUAUUAAUAUCUUUUGUAAGACUGAUUCUUUAGUUUUAAUAAAGAAUGUUUACUUAA